AAGAUGGCGGACUCCAGGCCCGGCUCUUACUGCGGGCGAGUGGGAGAGCAGCGGCGAAACGGUUAUGGGCGUUAUGUUUAUCCGAAUUCUUUUUUCCAAUACGAAGGAGAAUGGAAACAAGGAAAAAAACAUGGCCGUGGGAAAUUGCUGUUUAAGGAUGGAAGUUAUUAUGAAGGCGAGUUUGCAGAUGGAGAAAUUACGGGCAAUGGAUUCAGAUACUGGACAUCUACAGGGAAUACUUAUUCUGGCCAGUUCCUCGUUGGCGAGAUCCAUGGGCAUGGAGUCAUUCAGUAUGCGGAUGGUGGAAAAUAUGAAGGGGAGUUCUCCUAUGGAGUUCGGGAAGGCCACGGAUUACUGACUGAUAAGGACGGGCAAAUGUAUCAAGGAUGCUUCCAUAAGAACAAAAAAAAUGGAGGAGGAAAAAUGCUCUUCAAAAAUGGAGAUGAAUUUGAAGGAGACUGGAUCUUGGACCAGAGACAAGGUCAUGGAGUACUCCAUUGUGCUGAUGGAACUGUAUAUGAGGGACAGUGGAGAAAUGACACAUUCAACGGACAGGGCUGCCUAAUCCAUUGUUCAGGUGUCAUCUAUGAUGGACAGUGGCUCAAUGGCUGCCCUAUUGGACAAGCAAAGAAGAUUGUGAUUUUGGGACCGGAGUUCAUUGAUACAGUGCCAAGGUCUGCUCACACGUUUCAAGUCCAGUUGCAAAAUGAGGAAGGAGAGGUUUCGGAAAGCGAGAGCGGUCGACUGCUGGAAAUCAGCGCUGGUCUAAGAAAUGCCCAGUUUCCAAGCUGCAGUACCAGCUCCUACAAGUUAAUUGAACAAACUGGGAGGCAGCCGGUGAGAAGCUCUUUUGGAUUUGAGUACAUUAGCUAUCCUUUGAUGGCGGAUGCAUUUGGAAGCCAGAAACCGCAAGCUGCUCUGCCUACUGUUGGCAAAUCUGGAUUUACCCUGCCUGAAUUGCCAGUCCCCCCAAAUGGAGGCGUGGAGCCAGAAUCCAGAUCAAAACCCCUGGGUGGUGCAGGAGAUGCCCUUAGCAACCAGGUUGCUACAGAAAAUGAAAUCCGCCAUUUACUACAUUUCCAAAGAGCUGAGCAGGGCAAGGCCAUUUUCAGGAACGUUACCCUUGGGCCUUUUCUGGUGGAUCCACAGCCGGCUACACAAUCGGAUGAGCUUCCUGAGGAAGGAGGCAAAAAGCCGGGUGUCAAGGGCCCUGCUGAGAAAAUGACAGCUUCCCAGGAGGUACUUGGCGAUAAUAGAUCUGGAGUGGCAGUCGAAGGAUGGAAGUCCGAGGCAACACCGCCAGGAGAAUAUGUAAUUAUGGUCCAUGAAGUGACAUCACCUCCAUUCCUAGGCCAGCAUCUCCCACCUGCUUUCAAGAUCUUGAGGGUUAUGCCAGAGUGAGACACAACAUUGGCAGGGAUAGAUAAGAAUCACAGAAUGGUGGAGUUGGAAGG